AUGGCGGGUUUCUCAGUCGCUGGCCCAACAUUUGAGCAGCAUUCCACAGGUUUUGGUGUUGGAACUGCCACUCCACGCCUGUCUUGGCGAUUCCUCACCACUGAUGACUUUUUUUUUUUCAAGCAGAAGACGGCAUACGAGAUUCAGAUCGCUCGUGAACGUGAAACAGAACCGAAAACAUUCUCUGUGUCUAGCGAUGCGUCCGUUCUUGUCCCAUGGCCGGACACCCCGCUGAAAUCCCGGGAAAGCGCCCAAGUUCGAGUUCGCGUUUUCGGUCGCAGCGAGGGUCAUGCUGUGGAGCCGACUGAUUGGUCGCCCUGGACUGUGGUGGAAUGCGCUCUGCUCAGUCGGGAUGAUUGGACCGCCGUGCCCGUCGCAGAGCAAACGGAUGUUAUCGACGGGCCGUUGAGACCGGUUCGAUUCCGAAAGUCUUUCACUUUCGAUGGAAGCGGAACAGUCAACCGCGCGCGACUUUACAUUACGAGCUUCGGUAUCUAUCGAGCCUUCAUCAACGGCCGUGAAGUGGGCGAUCACUGCCUCGCUCCAGGCUGGACAAGCUACCGCCACCGACUCAACUACCAGACUUUCGACGUAGGUCAUCUUUUGAGUAAUGGUACGAAUGUUAUCGCGGUCGAAGUUGCAGAGGGGUGGUAUGCCACGAGGUUAGGCUUCCGUGGUGGACGACGAAAGCUGUACGGCGACCGACUGGCCGCUAUUGCUCAGUUGGAAGUUCAGCACGAAUCGAACAAGAGCUUCUCCCUGGUUACGGAUCGCUCAUGGAUCUGCCAACCCAGUGCAAUCAUAAGAAGUGAAUUCUACGAUGGUGAGGUAUACGACGCUCGCGAAGAAAACCCCAACUGGAACCUCCACACCGAUGAAACGGGGGACAACUCAUCCUGGAACAUCGUGCAGGAGAUCGAAUUCCCGGCUGCACAAUUGAUCUCACCAAACGCGCCUCCGGUUCGCGUUACCGAAGAAAUCAAACCCGUCUCCGUACAUCAGACACCUUCUGGAAAGACAAUUGUCGACUUUGGUCAGAAUCUUGUCGGUCGUCUGCGCGUCCAUUCGUUGAACAAGCCCAGUGGAGAUCGUGUUGCCUUCACUCAUGCUGAAGUGUUGGAGCAUGGGGAGCUUGGGACACGCCCUUUACGCCGCGCAAAGUGCACUGACGAAAUCAUUUCUGCAGGUGCGAAACUGGCCAAUUGGACACCGCAGUACACAUUUCAUGGCUUUCGCUAUGUCCAAGUCGAUGGAUGGGACGAGGAGAAGGACGGCCAUCUGUCAUCCAGUUUGACCGCACUCGUGAUGCAUACGGAUCUAACCCGCACUGGCUGGUUUACUUGCUCACAUCCGAUGGUCAAUCAACUCCAUCAAAAUGCAUGGUGGAGUAUGCGGGGCAAUUUUGUUUCUAUACCAACCGACUGCCCCCAGCGUGAUGAGCGUCUUGGCUGGACAGGAGAUAUUCAGAUAUUCGGUCCAUCCGCCAACUUCCUGUACAACACGGCUGGCAUGCUUGGGGAGUGGUUAGAAGACGUGGCCGCAGAACAGCUCAACGAUGGGAAGGAUGGCUGCGUUCCUCCAUUUGUAGUCCCAAACGUGAUCAGCGACGAGCUCUGGCCUCCAACUCCACAAGCUGAGUGGGACGAUGUUGUCAUCCUGGGACCAUGGGAGCUAUAUCGCUCGUAUGGGGAUGUUGAUAUUCUCCGCCGACAAUACAAAAGCAUGCUUGCCUGGAUUGAUAGGGGUAUCCAGCGUGGUCCUGAUGGUCUAUGGGAUCCUGAGAUCUGGCAGUUGGGCGACUGGCUCGAUCCCACCGCACCGCCUGUUGAACCUGGCGAUACACGAACAAACGGGACACUUGUGGCCGAUGCCUACCUGGUCCGGAUCACCUCCAUGAUGUCCCAGAUUAGCACCAUCAUUGGCCAAAGCGCCGACGCUCAACGAUUCAGCACCCAAUACGACCAUUUGAAAUCGAAGUUCCAAUAUAAGUACAUCACCCAGUCUGGUCUGUUAGUAGGCGAUAGCCAAACCGCUCUGAGUCUUGCAAUUAUGUUCGACCUCCACGCGACAGUGGAGCAGGUAAAGACUGCAGCAGAGAGGCUUGUUGAUCUUGUCCGCCUUGCGAAAUUUCGCGUUGCCACUGGCUUCGCCGGAACCCCAAUCAUUGCUCAUGCUCUGACAAAGGGUGGCCACCCGCAGAUUGCCUACAGGAUGUUGCUCGAGAAGGGCUGCCCAUCGUGGAUGUACCCGAUCUCAAUGGGGGCUACGACUAUUUGGGAACGAUGGGACAGCAUGCUUUCAGAUGGCUCAAUAAACCCUGGUGAGAUGACCAGUUUCAACCACUACGCGCUGGGCUCCAUCAUCAACUGGCUUCAUACCAGCGUAGCCGGUGUGAGUCCUCUCUCUCCUGGUUGGAAGGAGAUCAGAGUGUGCCCUAUCCCUGGUGGGACGAUUGACUCGGCGGAAGCGAUCUACGAAACUGCAUAUGGGCGAUUGGAAUGCCGAUGGGCGAUCAAGUCUGAUCAAACCAUCUUUGCGAUGGAGCUCUUGGUCCCGCCAAAUUCUCGGGCGUUGGUUACGAUGCCUAGUGACGGGUCGACUACACAGGAUAGCGAGGCAAGAUGGGUUGGGUCGGGGAGACACCAGUUUUCGGUGCCAUUCGACUGGAUUCGUUUCUCGAGCGCGUGGCCGCCGAAGCCCAGAAUCCCCUUUAUGCGACGGCCGCAACCCGACAACAUUGCAUGA